AUGGAAGAGUGCCCAGAAGAAGACGUGGAGGGUUACGUGCACAAGUUCUUGGAGGAAGCCAAAAGAGGCGCCCUGCUGCUCACAGCGCCAGAGGGCCCCUUUCCGCUGGCAGAGGAGGAGGUGCCGCACUUCGGCACCACACAGAGAUAUCGCUGCUGGCAAAAGGGCCCCAACAGCCUGGUCUGCCACACCCUGCCGGAGCUAUUCAGCGACAGCUUUGCCCGGAAUGCGGACAAGGAGUUCCUUGUCUACGAAGGCGAUCGCUUUACCUAUGGCGAGGCUCAGGAGAUCUCCGUGUCUUUGUCCCGGGCACUGGCCCAGGAGUUCGGCGUGAAGCGAGGCUCCUGUGUGGCCAUUGCCGGCAGGAACUUCCCGGAGUGGGUUUUCACCCUCAUCGCAGUGAACGGCUUCCUGAGCGCCGUGUCGUUGCCAGUGAAUGCCUGGUGGACGGGUGAUGAGUUGAAGUACGGCCUGGAAGAUUCCCAGAGCUGCCUCUUGGUGGCGGACGCCGAGCGCGUGGAGCGGGCGCCCUUUUUGAAGAGCAUGGGCAUCCCUGCGGUCUGCAUGCGUGCGGGCCAGCGCCGAGCCUUCGUAGAGCCCCACGCCCGGCUCUUCGAGGAGCUGGUGAUCCUGGGGCGAUCCCUGGACCCGCUGCCGCGGCGGCCGGUGCACCAGGACGAUCGGGCCAUGUUGAUGUACACAUCUGGCACCACUGCCAAGCCGAAGGGCGUCGUGAUGAGCCAUCGCAACAUAAUGUCCGCCAUGAACACAGUACGUAUGUGGAACUACAGCUCCGUGCCGAAGCCCCAAGGAACUAUCCUACUCGCAUCGCCGCUGUUUCAUGUGAAUGGCUCGCACGUGGGCCUCUUUCAGGUGAUUUGCAAAGGCGACAAGAUGGUGCUCCAGUACAAGUGGGACGCUGUGCGUGCGCUACAGGCGAUCCAAGAUGAGAAGGUUAACAAUAUCGUGGGCGUUCCAACCAACACCUACGACCUGGUCAACCACCCGGACUUCUUGAAGUAUGACACAUCCUCCAUGACCCAAGUCGGUGGUGGGGGUGCUGCAUUUGCAGCGCCCAUGAUCAAGCGCGUGAAGGACACCUUCAAGAAGGCGCGAGCCUCCACUGGCUAUGGCCUCACGGAGACGGAUGCCAUCAGCGUGGUGAUGCCCUCCAACCUCUUCCCAGCGCGUCCCACGUCUUGCGGCCUGCCAGUGAUUAACGUGGACGUUUGCAUCCUCGACGUGGAAGAAGGCAAAAAGCUGCCUCCCGGCGGGGUGGGGGAGAUCUGCUUUCGGGGCGCCACCAUCAUGCAGGAGUACUGGCAGAAGCCGGACAAGACCGCGGAGGUUUUUUACAUCGACGAGCACGGGGAGCUGUGGUUCCGCACCGGGGACCUGGGAGCUGUGGACGAGCAGAACUUUGUUUACAUCAUGGACCGGGCCAAGGACAUCAUCAUCCGAGGCGGCGAGAACAUCUCCUGCGCCGCGGUGGAGCAUGCCCUUUACGAGCAUCCUCGCGUUGCCGAGGUGGCUGCAGUGGGGAUGCCUCACGAGAACCUCGGGGAGACGGUGGCGGUCGCGGUGGUUUUUAAGAAGGGCAGCUCAGUGCCUAGCGCGGAGCUCCAAGAGCAUGCUGCCAAGCUGCUGCCGAAGCACAUGGUGCCUGCGGAAGUCUUCAUCUGGCCAGGCGAGCUGCCCAGAGGCGCGACCGGGAAGAUUCAGAAGCGGGACAUCCGCGAGCAGUUGGCCAAGAUGCGCGCACCCGCAAGUAAGUUGUAG